UGCUAACCCUCAUCAUCAAGUUGAGAUGUUGAGGUUGUGUUUGUUUACAUUUUUCGAUGUAUCACUUGGUGUGUUCCAAACGUUCAAAAAUAGUUAAUUUUAAUUAAAUUUCCUCGAAUAUCUUACUGUCGAGAUGGUUCGCGUUAAAAACAGAUACAUUUUGAUUCAGUUCAUGUGCAACAAUCGCUCGGAUACGGAUGCCUUUGCGCUAACUUCGCACAAUUUGACUAAAUUUUUGCGGGAAAAAAUCGAAAAGUACUACGGUGAGUUUGGAUUGGCGAGUACCCUGCGGUUGCACGUGAUUUACUUCAACGAUAAGACCCGUCUCUGCAUCAUACAAACCCGACACGGUCCGCAUCGGUUCGUAACCAGUAUUCUGCCGCUCCUGACUGUGGCGGAUACGGAACAAGUACGGUAUAGGACGCUCUACGUGGGGGCGACAUUGCAACAGUGCCAAAAGUUCAUCGUUCGGUACCAACAGGAGUAUGUGAAUAAAAUGAUAGGAAAUUACAAGGGUGAAGCGCAGAGGCAGCGGUUCGUUGAAGAAGUAACCAAAAUGAAACAAAUUUAGACAGUACGGUUUAUUGGAGAAAUGUUAAAAUAUAUUUUUGAACUAAACUUGUAAGACUGUUGA